CUCAUCUGCCACUCGGCACCUCGCCGGGGCGCACUUACAGGACACAUGCUGUAGGGCCUCCGCUUCCCGCACUUUGCGCUCUUCCCGGCCGCCUGCCACCCCCGGAGAGCCGGGGCUGCCGCCUGCGAGCGCGGCGCGGCCCGGCGGCCGCUGCCUAUGGAGCCUCCCGCCCUCGCCGCCGUCCUGGCCUUCUCCGGGCUGGCGCUGAGCUGCUGCCGCGAGCCCGUCCUGUCCGAAUGCUAUACAGCCAAUGGGGCUGACUACCGUGGCACUCAGAACCAGACCUCCCAAUAUGCAGGGAAACCUUGUCUUUUUUGGAAUGAGACCUUUGAGCAUCCUUACAAUACUGUGAAAUAUCCCAAUGGGGAGGGAGGGCUUGGAGAGCAUAACUACUGCAGAAACCCAGAUGGGGAUGUCAGCCCAUGGUGCUAUAUUGCAGAACAUGAAGAUGGAAUAUACUGGAAAUACUGUGAGAUCCCAUCCUGCCGAAUGCCAGGAAAUCUGGGCUGUUACAAGGACCAUGGGGAGCCCCCACCUCUGACUGGCACCAGUGAGACCUCCAACAAACUCACCAUCCAGACGUGCAUCAGCUCCUGCCGCAGCCAGCAGUUCAAGUUUGCAGGCAUGGAAUCAGGUUAUGCUUGCUUCUGUGGAAAUAAUCCUGACUACUGGAGAUACGGGGAGGCAGCCAGCACGGAAUGCAACAGUGUUUGCUUUGGAGACCACACUCAGCCCUGCGGUGGGGAUGGCAGAGUCAUUCUUUUUGACACCCUUAUUGGUGCCUGUGGAGGGAAUUACACUUCUGCUACAGCUGUGAUCUAUUCCCCAGAUUUCCCUGACACAUAUGGCACAGGCAAAGUCUGUUAUUGGACCAUACAAGUUCCAGGAGCAUCUCAAAUCCACUUCACCUUUGUCCUUUUUGAAAUCAAAGAUGCUACAGAUAUGGUGGAAUUGCUGGAUGGUUACACCUACCACGUCCUGGCUCGUUUUAAUGGCAAGAACAGGCCUCCCCACACCUUUAACAUCUCCUUGGAUUUUGUCAUUUUGUACUUUUUCUCAGAUGACAUCAAUCAAGCCCAGGGAUUUGCAAUCAGGUAUAGAGCUGUGAAGGACAAUGUGCACCAAAACAAGAUCCCAGUGAAUCACACCCUUCCAGAGAGAACAAACGAGCAAGCAAAUCUCAGCAUCAAUGCAGCCCGGUCAUCAAAGAUACUCUAUGUCAUCACAACCAGCCCAAGCCACCCAACCAGCUCCAUGCCUGAAUGGACAAUAUACAGUCUCACAGCACUGCUCAUCCUAAGUGCUACAGCCAUAAUUGCAAAGAUACUUCUGCACGUUACCAUGAGGUCCCACCAGAUUCCAGCUGCAGCUGAAACAGAGGAUUGCAGUGAUGUCACUACUGCUGGUGAGAUCUGGAGUAUAUUUUACCAACCAUCCACAUCAAUAUCCAUCUUCAAGAAGAAGCUUCGAAAUCAACAAGAUGAUUGCAACCCACUGGUGGGAAACUGAGCUGUCUUUUAUUUUGCAAGAAUGGAUCUCCUCAAAAUCCAGGUGACUUGAGAUUAUCCUUCCUUUUUUUUCCUCCCAGCCUCAUACCUGUUUUCCAAAAAGUCCAUUUCCAAAGGCCUUUGAGUGACUUUGCUUAUCUGCUGUUCUCUUGGAUAUAGCAGUGACAACAGAUUUAAUUGCAGCAAUAAUUUUGAAAUACCUGGUGCUCCUCAAGUCUCUAGUGCUGCCAAUACUGCCUUUAAACCAUUGCACUUAAAAUAGAUGUAAAAACUCAUCACAUUCAAAAUGCCCUGUACCCCUGCCAAAGGUAACUGAAGGGGUAUCUACAGGUUGAGGAUUUCUUGUGUCCCCCUUGCCUGUACCACUGUAUUAGAUCAGGCUACUUUAGUCCUUUUAUUCUCAAGGCUGAAGUCAGAGGUGGGUACUGCUAACCUGCUCAGCAAACAGCUUAUUUUUCUUGAUGUAAACACAUCUCAGUGGUACUAUACAGUAGAAUGGGAAUCAAAGACUGGAAAAAUCAUCAGCCUGCUUGCUCAGUGCUGAGCUCUUUCUGCAUGUUCUGUUUCUGUGUCUACAAGCAGAGAUGCAAACAUAAAGAAUCAAAUUCAGGAUGCCUCUAUAACAAGAGUGAGCUACAAAUAUGCAUUUUGAUUGACCAGAGCUCACCAGGUCAAGGCCUGCAGGAGCAUUGAAGCCUUUCUAAUGAGUCUGUCUGACCCAUCAUUCACUGAUGUUUAUGAUAAUUUUGUUCAUAUUCACAGUGACCCUUUAAAAAACUAAUUGUACUCCAGCCUGAGAGCCAGCAUUCAUGCUGGGUAUAAGCUUAGGGCUUCUUAAAGGAUUGUCCAAAGAUACUGUAAUCCACUGAAUUUUUAUCAGUGAGGCUGACUAACCAAUUUUUGCUCUGAAGCCACAUGUACUGAUCUCAGCAGCCCAAACUAUUUACAAAGGUGUAGGCUGCAGUCACCAACUGCCCUGGGCCAGGCUGUGCAGCUGAGCAUGCACAAAACACCUGCCUUGACACUCACCUGUGAGGAGAAGUGUCUCCUGGCCUGCAGCACUAAAACCGAACUGAAUUUUUAAGGUAAUUGCCUUAAUUGUCAAAGAACUAAAACAUCAGUGGGGUUCUGAUCUGUGAACUAUUUUCUUUGAAUUGCAACAGACAGCAUUAACUAUUUCUGCUCUUUGGUAGACUGACUGUCCAUCCACAAUAGUCAGAUUUCUCAUCCCACCACCAAAGGUGGGAAACAAGUGAUUCCAAGGGAUCAGCAGUGAGUCUUUCAGCCUCAGCAGGUUUAGACCAGCAAGAUAUUUAGGAAAAACUGUCAAUGCAAAUGUCAGAUAAAUUGACUGGAAAAGUUUACUCUUAAACUCAGUUAGAGAAGGUUCACUGAGAACCAUUAAACACACUAAUUCUGGUUAAGUUUGAAUGUAUACCAAUGGCCUGCAUAAGCCAGAUGUGCAGUCAGAGAACAUAUAUUAAGUGCAUCUACAAAAAGUAAUUAAGAAAAGUAAGAAAAUUGUCACUGAGUUUAAAUUUAUUCCGGUAUCCGCCCUUAUGUUUUUUAACAUAUAACUCCCUCCUUUUUGUGAGAACUACAGAUUUCACUGAAAAAUCAGGGCACCAAAGAAUUAAGCAGUGAGAUCUUGUGCCUUGCCACUGUAGAUCUGGUCUUUUACCUGAACUGAAUUCAAUCCAGCUUGAUUUAUGUACCACAGAUGAGUGCUAGAGACAGCUGAACAACAUCACAGUGCAUGCUUAAAAGAAACCAGACUUUACUAAGCCAGCAAUUAUGGAAUUGUUUAUAUAAAAAAUGGAACAGCAUGGGAACAUCUAGUACUUUCUUGCAUGAGCUGCUGGAAAGAAUACAGGAAAAUAUAAUUACAAUAUUAGCUAAAAUGAAGACAGGACAAGCUGUAAAAAAUAUGCUGGUUCUCUCUUACGUGUCACCACAUUGGACCAAAAUCCAUAGUCUGUUUCAGACCCAGCACAAGUUCUGAAAUUGCCUUUUUUAAAAGUAAGGUUUUGCAUCAUGCUGUGUGGAGAAAGAGUUCACCUCAGAGAUUCAGAGCAAAACAAAGCAGGUUGGUUCCUAAGCAUCCUUCAUUUGGUGCAGUGAUAGGAAACCAGGCAGAGAGAAUCACAGAGAGAUCCUCAGGAGCUGUUACAAGCACAUAGUGCUUAUCACAAAGUGAUGAAGCUUUGCUUGCCUUAUCAAAGGCAAGUUAAACAUUUUGUCAGAGAGACAUUCAUAAAGCAGUUACCUAAUGGUGAGAAACUGAAAAAACACCAGGAACACCCAGUGACUGGUUUACACUUACUGCAGAAAGAAAAAAUACAGAAUGUUACUCUUCUCUUCAUUAGUGAAGAAUUUAAUUUCACUAUAAUAUUAAAUAUCAUUACAAACAGCAACAAGGACUGACACUACUAAUGCAAAAUCUACAGAACUUAAGAAGUGAGAUUUUUGUGUUGCUCCCUUAGCUCCUCAAAUAUUUUUUUAAAUAAAAUUGUAUUUUUUGGGACUUUCACAGGGAGCAUUAAUAAAAUUUUUGUACAAAAGUCCCAUAAAACCAGCACUUACAGCAGAUUAACUGGUCAUGGCAACAAUAAACAGGACUAGUAUUAGACAGUGCAUGCGUAAUACACUGAUAAAAGCAUAGAAGAAAUUAUGUUCCUCCCCUACAGAAUUUUUCAGACUGGCUGAUUCCAGAUCCUGCUAGUGCUAGCAAACAGAGCAAUGGAUGGAAAUUCAUGGGCAGGGUCCCUUAAAUAGCACUUAUUACUUUCCAGGGCUGAGACCAUGAAGGGCAGGUAGAUCUCAUGUGGAAUUUUUCAGAAUGUGGUAGGGUCACUCACACUGCCAGUGCAGACACUUCAGGGUGUGCUGAUUUAUGGCCAAGAGAUGUGGUAUCCAUGAACACAGCAUGUUUCCAUCUUUGCUGUAAGGGUUUGGGGGAGAAAGAAGCAGAAAGUGUGACCAUGCACAAGUGUUGUAAUCCCACAAAAGAAAAGCCCCUACUACACAGGCAGCUGAGAGCAGGGACACCUCAGGAUGGUGGUGUCUACACCAUUUUCUCCAACAAACUGAGAAUAACUGCAGAAGAAGAAUUUCUUUGGAAUUGUAUCUGAACAGUCUUCUGAGCUGCUGCCUAGCAGUCCCCUCAAGAGGCUGGACAGGCUGCAAAUGUGACACUGGCUACAAUGUCAAAAGCAACUGCUUUGGCAACCAAAUCCUGAUGAGGAGCUGCCUCCUCCUCCACAUGGAUUUCAGCUCCUGCUCUGGCCCACUGCUCACUCCUGUGUUGGUGUGACCAGCUGUGUAGUGGUGCAAUAAACUGAUCAGGUCAAAAACUGCCAUGGCUUUUUCUUCCCUGAGUUACUUUUUACAGAGCUGAGCUCUCUGACCUUGCUCCCUGGGUGGUGGCACAAGGAGAUGAGCUAGGAGCUCCCUGAGUGCACACUGAGCAGACAAUGAGCCACGGGGCAAGGGCAGAUGUCUGCUCCAGGAGCUGGGGCCAUGAGCACUUCUGCUGGAGCUGCCACAGCCAUGGGUGAGCCUGCUGCCUUCACUGCACCCAGCUCCAGCAGCCUCCACUGUGUGUGCACCUCAGGUGGAAAGGGGCCAGCUGGACAAGUGCCUUCCCUCAUUCAAAAUCUGCAUUUAAAACUAGUUUAGUUUGCUGACUAUGUGAUUUUAUAUGUAUUUUUAUCUUAAUAUUGUUAUGUUGUGGGAAAAUAGAGACUUUGUUAUGUAAAAAUGUGUGAUGUGUUAUCAUAGUAAUAUAUAUAUUUGUAUAUGUAUAGGAAAUGCAUUAUUUAAUACAGCAUAUUAUGCUUCUAUCUUGCUAACAUUUUAUAGGAAGAAAAGAUGUUAGUUUACACUCUGGGAAAAAUAAAUCUUCUGUACACUGUAACCCUGGGGGGGGGGGGAAUCCAAAGAUACUUCUUUGGUAUAUAUGAUAGAAAGACAUUGAGAAUAGGGGAGCUCAGCCUCACUUUUGUUACAGAAUAGAUGCUGAUAAAACAAUUGCUGUAAGAAACACUUUCCUCCUUUGAAUCUCAUUUCUAGCCUGUAAUUGUAUUAGGCUGUUCAUAAGAUUCUGCAAAUUGAUGUGCAUAUACACUCUGGAUGAUUUUUACCAUCAAACAUGUAAUCUGCUUUUGCAAUCAAGCAUUAACAUAAUCUUCUUCAGGACUUGUUUCUGCUAGAUUUUCUACAGCCAGGACAAUGCUGAGGAACUUUAUCACAUUGCUCAUGCAGACAAUCCAGUGGGAUUGCAGAAUUAAAGUUUGUGUAUUCCAACCCCCCCAGCAAUAAUAGGAGAUUUUUAUGGAUAGUCCUGGAAACUGCACUGAAUCUGCAGCCUGGAUGACUACAGGUCAAACACAUCAGCAGACAGAUGGCUGCCACUGAAUGAGCAUUAGUAGCUAUUCCACUUUCAUCUCCUGCUUAAUAAGCCCUCUCAGGCAGUGGGAAGGAACAGUUUUCUAGUGCACCACUUUGCCUAAAGGAAGGGUGAACUACAAAAACAACUCCUGACAAAAACUUGUCCAACUGGUUCUUACUGCCUUGCAGCAGUAUUUCACAAUCUUCCAAUGAAAUACAGUUCACUGGUAGUUUCACCUGAAUAUUGUUCUGGACAUUUAUGAACAAUUCUGCUACCUUGAGAGUGAGAAAUACAAUUGCCUUCAGACCAUACCAAUUUUUUUUUUUUUUUAACAACACAUCCCCACUAGACACACAUUUCAUGCCACUCAGACUUUCCCAGAUUUACUGAGCACCUGUGCUUUGGGAUGAAAUUUGGCAUUGUGAACUUCAGUCUAAAGACAUUUUGCUCCAAAUCCAAAAGCUAUCACAUGAACCACAAAAGGUUGUCAAGAAAGCAGAAUAAAUCACACUUGAGGUGACUCGCUGCUGAAGUAUGCACUGUUUGUAACUGUUCACCCUGCAUUCAGCAAAUGGAUGUAAAUAAUAAUUAUGAAAAAAUAAAUACAGUGUAUUUGUGCAGGAGGAGUUCAGUUAGGAUGACUACAGUGUAUACAAGCAUGAAAUAAAGGAGGCAGAAACUGCUGCAGUUCACCUGCAGAUUACAAGAGCACUGCCUGCUGUACAUGUUAGAAGAGAAUAAUUAGAGCAGAGAAUGAUUUCUUUACAUGUAAAGUAUGAUACUGCUCUGAGACAAAAUUUCUGAGGUAAGAGCAAAUUGAAAGCUUUCAGUUCAUGUGUUUUCAAACUUUUAAAAACUGUAUAAAUCCAUUCAGGGCUUGCUUGGCAAUUGCAGCACUGUGUAAUGCUGUUUCCACUUUCUCGCAUGAUUCAUCUUUUCUCUAAUUAAUUCCUCCUGGCCAAAAUAAUGAUACAUUUUAAGAAACCUUCAGCAACCUUUUAUGUAAACACCAGAAAACCAGUGACAAAUACCAAAACUGUCUCCAGCUUUUCAUGAAGACUCAUUUUUCUUUUAGAAACACAAUUGUCACAGGGGACUGGCCUCCCCUUACACAGGGGAGGUUACUCUGCUCUCCUUUCUUGCCAUUCUGGUUUUGAGACUCUGGCACUUUGGUUCUUUCUGGGAACUGUUCCCUUCUUUUUUCUUGCUUGUUUCCUAAGCUGCAGUUUCAUUCCCCACGAGGGAAAUGUGUUCUUUAUCCUGAAAGAGACACUUUUCUACGAGGCAUUUAAGUCACAGGAGCAGGGUGCUUUCACUGCAAGAUAAAAUAUCUGGUUUCAGGUAUGCCAUUGUCUCCCUGGCCAGAGAAUUAGGCCAGGCUGGCUCCACAGGGUAUGAACGUGACCAUCCUUUUAAGGGCAUUUUUCUCUUCACACUACCCAAGCAACGACAAACGUCACCUAACAGCUGCCAUAGGAUUUGACAGAUGCACACGAUUUUGCAGAUAGUGUUACAGAAACACCAAAUGUUACAAUAAUGUACAAUCCACUAUGAAUAAUCUGCUCCUGCUUGUCUAUUCCUACUAUAUCACGGUUCUGUGGAGGUUUGUGGUGCCCCACAGGACUCACAUUUUGUCACAAAUUGGUCCUUAAGCAUCAAACCUGAAAAGUAAAAAGAACCUCCCCCCCCUUUACCAAAUAUCCAAAUGUUCAUUUUGGACAGAAAAUAUUUACAUUUAGUCAUUUUUAAAAAGCCACAACAAAGACUAGAGAAUUUCACACAGAGUCAAGCACCACACACAAGCUCAGCCCUGCUGUGUUUCACGCAGACAGAACACGGGCUCACUGAUUGUUCUGUAGGACACUGUCACAGCACAUGUCACAGCUGGGACAGCCACUGUAGAGCAUCACCAUACAAUUUCAGAAGGCUUUGAGCAUUUGCCCAUACAGAGUAACACCUUACCUCACCAGAAGGCUUCAGGGACCUGCCCAUACAGAGUAACAUCCCAGCACUUCAGAAGGCUGCAGAAAUCUGCCCUUCCUGAGCUCUAGCCCAGCCUUUUAUACCCUUCAUGUUGAUGCACUGCACCUGUGUGCCCCUCAUGGUUGAUGCACUGCACCUGUGUGCCCCUCAUGGUUGAUGCACUGCACCUGUGUGCCCCUCAGGGUUCAUGCACUGCACCUGUGUGCCCCUCAGGGUUCAUGCACUGCACCUGUGUGCCCCUCAUGGUUCAUGCACUGCACCUGUGUGCCCCUCAUGGUUGAUGCACUGCACCUGAGUGCCCUCUGCUCCCUUUGGUGGUUGCUCAGGACCCCUGGGCACUCCAUGGCUCGUUGCUGUCAAUGCUGCUCACCUGCUGCUCACAGCUGUACCCAAUGUGGCUCAGCCCCAUCCCCACUCCCCGUGACCCCAAACUGUGCCUACAGGACACUGAGGGUGGUGGCAUGUCCUGUUCUUAAAAGCACAAUCACCUGGCAGCUUUCUUCAGAGCAGGGAACAAGAAAAUAGAAGAUCAAGAGCAGCAGCAAUCAGGGGGGUGGAGGGAGGGGAGAGAAGGGAGAUUCAGGUGUGACCUGUCAACAUAUGAGUAACCAGGCACCCACACAUGGGGGCUUUAUGCUAUUUGUAAAAACAACUGGUUUGUGAACUAAUUUGCAUAUAAAAGGCAUAUCUGUAAUCACUGGCAAUUGCCAAGACUCUGUUCACUGAGCAAAAACAGGGGCACAUACUUUAAUUGGGAAGCACCUGCUCCUGUUGCUCUUCCAUUGCUGUGCUGUCUCCCACACAGACCAGGCUCUUCUGUUGUACCUGAGAUCAGGAUAGACACUGGUCCUCGUGCUGUGAAGGGUCCCCUACAAAAUACUCUUGAGCAGUCUGCCAUCCCAAAUGGAGUUACCACAGAUGAAACAAGGAGGGCUGGAGAGAAGUAAGGCUCAUUUCUUGGCUGAAUCCUGAGGUGAUUGAAUUACAGUGCAUUUGAACAUGGAUGAGAGAUGGGCAAUGUCCAGGGGAUUACCAGGUGAAAAUCUCUGGGAGAAGGAGAAUCCUGGAAAAAGUUCCCCAAGUGUAUCACUGGCUGGGAAAUGAACAGCACAUGAAGGUGAACUGUUUACACAGUAACAUACAUAAAUACACAUGUACAAACACACAGAGAGCCACACAGCCCCAGGCUCCCCUCCUCUGGAGUCUGCAUAAACAUGUCUGAUGAAAUUGUGCUCUCUGCUGACAAAAUGAGGACCACUAAAGCAGUACCAGUGAUGCCAUGAUCCAGGGCAAGGACCUGGAUCUUGACUAUCCAAGCUAUGAUUUACCCAGCUGUGCCCACCUGUAUCAUGCUCUCUCAAAACAAUUUCCUUUCAGGGCAAUGAAUUACUUGUACCUGAAAUUACAACAAGAGUUCAGUUCCCCUACCACAAGGAACAGGCAGGUUCCAAACAUAAAUGAGGAUUUCUUUUAGCAGAUGUGCUACUUCCAUGUGCCAGGGGGGCUCAGGGGCUUGUGUGACACCUACCCCCCACUGCCCCCCAGUACCUGGAGUGCUGUGUAAAGGUAUAUGCAUAUCCACCUCUCUGGUGUUUAAAAAAAAGGAGAAAAUGUUGUUUAUUAGAGUUCAUCUCAGUAUAUCUAGGACUAUACUUUGAGGAGAACAGUUAUCUAUGUCCUUUCCCCCAAAACAAGAAGGACAACUCCCACAUGUAUAUGCAAUAAAACUGUAUUUUUUGUGUG